AUGACCAACGAUAAACCUGCUGGGGGAUACGACCCUACCCCCCUUCCACCAUCCAACGGACCCACUUACAUAGUGAAAAUUACAUUCCAUUCAGCGACCAACCUCCCCGUUGCAGAUUUCGGCUCGGGUUCAGCAGAUCCGUUCAUCCUCGCACAAGUUAAGACUUCUCAUAAGACUCGUCAUUCUCAUGAUCCAUAUUUACGUUGGCGAUCAAAGACCAUACGUAAAUCCCUUGAACCGUCUUGGGAAAGUUCAUGGGUUAUAGCGGGAGUUCCAGCAGAUGGAUUAGACCUUUCCGCAAGGAUAUAUGAUGAAGAUCCUUCAGAUCAUGAUGAUAGAUUGGGAAAAGUUGAAUUGCAUACUGGUAAUAUAGAUGAGGGGUGGAAAGGGAUCCAAAAACAAGAAUACAAAGUGAAGAAGACCGGUGCGGACCUUAGAGCUUAUACUGCCAGAUGGGUAUGUACUGUCGUUGGAAAGAAGGAGUUACACGCUAGAUUAACGCUCAGUAUUGAAGUUUUGGGGAAAACAAGGAAAGAGGAUGAUGUAGGGAAAGCAUAUACGAUAAGUAAUUUUUGGUGGAUACAUUAUAGUCCACUUAUUGGACGGCUGGCGGGAGUGAAAGGGAAGAAUGAUAAAGGUGUCGAGAAAUAUAACUUCCAAGCAAACCAACUUCAGCUUACCGGCCCAGUACCGAACGAGCUCUACCACAGAUAUGUGGAAUUCAAAACUUUCGUUGGAGGGAUGUUCGAAGCGACCGGUCUGAGAGGAAGAUUAUUGAAUAAAGCGUUACAUCAUCAACAUGAGAGGAUAUACAAUUUCGAUAGACAGACGAAGUACGGUGAAGAUCAAGAUAGUACGCAGAAGGAAUUGACGUUGAAAUUCUUGGAAAUGUGUCAUUAUGAUCAAGGUGGUCGGAUAUUCACCUACGUCCUUACGCUAGAUGGACUGUUGAGGUUCACAGAGACGGGAAAGGAAUUUGGAAUUGAUUUGUUGAGUAAACAUACGAUGCAUUCGGAUGUCAAUCGAUAUAUCGCCUGGUCAGGUGAAUUCCUAAUUCGUCGUCUCGCCCAUCCUGACCAAUCUUCCACUGCCACCCAUCCACCUGACCCUGUAUCUGGUGGUCCACCAGAAGAUGAUCCUCCGAAAGAUCCGUCCAGGUACGAACUCAUCAUCGAUAAUGAUAGUGGAACUUAUCGUCCCGAUAAAAAACUUAUACCAGUCUUGACCGAUUUUCUGAAGAAGAAUUUCGUAGGGAUGAGAGUCAGAGUUAUGGCCUGUGAUGAUGAUAAAUUAAGUAAGAUCAAAGAUGACCAAAGGAAAGUUAAGAGUAAAGAAGGAGAUCAUAUGGUCUUUGGACAGACUUCUAGUGUAUCCUCUUUGGCCGACGGAGAUGGAGGAUCCAUAUCUUCUUCUGACGAAGAGGAUUUAGAAAGACGAGCGAGAGCACAAGAUGAAGCGCAAGGAGAGGGCACGACCAAAGGGAAAUUGGAUAAGGGCGUGGAAGCUUUGGAGAACCCCAAGGAUACGUUGAAAGAGGCUGUGGAUGAUGUUAAAGACAAAAGUGGGAGAACGGGGAAGAAGGAAAGGGAAAAAGCUGAAGAGAGAGAUGAUCAAGCUUGA